AUGUUAGGAAGAAAGAAAAGUCGUCGCUGCCCACAGCAGCACCCACAGACGGAGCAGCAGCAGCAACAGCAGCAGCAACAGCAGCAGCAACAGCAGCAGCAGCAAGAGCUGCAGCAGCCGCAGAAGCAGCAAAACCGGCUGCAGCAACAACAUCAGCUGGGGCAGCAACAGCUGGAGCAGCAGCAGCAGCACCAGACUCAACGGCCAAAACAGCUGAAGCUGCAGCAGCAGCUGCAGCAGCAGCAACAGCAGCAGCAGCAACAGCAGCUGCAGCAGCAGCAAGCAGAUCUCAUGGAGGAAACACUUCCUCCUCGAUCGUAG